AUGGCUAUCUUUAACUUGGAGGAGAAGACUGAAGCAGAUAGGCGUGAAUCAAACAAAUUACACAAAGAGAACAAAGUUCUGGAGGAUGCUGCUUGGAAGUGGACUAAGGCUGUCUUCAACAACAUAUCACAAGAAGGAGUCACCCGCCUAUCUGACAAUGCACUGUCCUCUCUACUGCAUCUUGUGUGUAAGAAAAAUGAGCCAUAUCGUCUUUGUGGGUCAUAUCAUCUUUGUGGUGACUGUUGUGCACUGAACACCAGACCUGUCCUAGACAGAUACCCCCUACUACACAUCCAGGAUUUCAGAAUUCACUGCUUUGGCAAAAGUUUUCAGCAUGUUAGACUGUCAUACAGCUUACAAUCAGAACAUAUUUCAAUGUCUGACAUACUUAAGAACAGUCUGCUGAGGAGAUUACCUUACUGCUUUGCUUAUCUUGAUGACAUGUCUGAAUUUUUACAAAAAUCUCAGGACUAUGAGAAACAUUGGAAUAAAGUACAAAGUAGGCUAUAUACCCAUGGAGUUGCACUGAAUGAAGAUAAGUGCAUACCUUGUGCACCUGUGGUAACUUUCCUUGUCUAUAGACUAUUGACCCCAGAGAUGCCAUUUGCACACUAUGGUAGGCCAAUUCCUGACAUUUACAAUGCUAUUCAGGCUUGUCCACAUUGA